GGUGCAGAUAUGGCCAAGUCCAAGAACCACACCACACACAACCAGUCCCAGAAAUGGCACAAGACACCCCAAAUACAAAGAUAGGAGUCUUUUAAGGGGGUAGGCCCCAAGUUCCUGGGGAACGUGCACUUUGCCAAGAAGCACAAUAAGAAGGGCCUGAAGAAGAUGCAGGCCAACAACGCCAAGGCCAUGAGCGCACGUGCUGAGGCUAUCAAGGCCCUGGUCAAGUCAAAGGAGGCCAAGCCCAGUAUCCCAAAGGGCAGCAGCUGCAAGCUCAGUAGACUUGCCUACAUUGCUCACCCCAAGCUGGGGAAAUGUGCUCCUGCCUGCAUCGCCAAGGGUCUCUGGCUCUGCUGGCCAAAGGCCCAGACCAAGCCCCAGGCUGCAAAUGCAGCUGCUGCUCAGGCUCCACCUCAGGCUCAUUCUCAGGCUCCCAAAGGUACCCAGGCCCCUGCAAAGGCUCCAUAG